AUGAAGGACACCAACAGUCUCUCUGUACUAUCACACAUUGACGAUCCGUCAAACCGAAAGAUCGAGGACCUUCCCGGUUGGGUCCCUUACUUCAGCGCGAGGCUAGAAACGGAAACGUUUGACAAUGGGUCCGACCCUUGCAGAUAUUGCGCCUCGUAUAUCAACUUCAAAUUAACGGAAGCAAGCGAGAUCGUCUUCCAUCCUGAGGGGGGAAGGCAGCUUGAUGAGCUCCCAGCGUCCGAGAUUCGGGACUGGCCAAUGACGUUGGAAAAUCUGAAGACAGGAAGAAGAAGAGAGGAGAGUUACGGUGUACGGACACAAGAGGGUGGUGAGCAGGAGAAGGACCAAGGGUCAUCAGAUUGCUCAGGUUAUGCAGAGAAGAGCAGCGAGGAGCUGGAAGGGCCUCCAGAAACCGAAUCCAUGUCCAACCUUGGGCAUCAUCUGGAGAUCUUGGAAGAAGACAUAAACGACCAGAAGGACCACUUCUUCGGAGGAUCUUCGAGCCUGCUGCCAGCUUAACACUUGGCGGCUGCAACCAAGAUUUUGAGCUUUUCGGAGGAGCAGGGCCCUCUACAGGAUACAGAGGUUCAAAACGAUUGGGCUUCUACCAAGUACACGCGGAAUGCAAGCCGCUGUUUUUCCAAGGUUCAAAAGGCGCAAAUUCGAAAAUACGAGGCUCUGAUGAAGAAGGCUACCCGCGGCCGAAAAUUCUUCCUUACUGACAGGGAGAGAUUCGGGUUAGGCCCAAAAUCGACAAGGGAGCCAGACGGGGAACUUUAUGAUCAGAUUUGGGUGAUUGAGGGAGCCAGUGUUCCAUUCAUUCUCAGGGAGACUGACACUUCGGGUUGUUACAAGAUUAUCGGCGAGGCAUAUGUGCAUGGGUUCAUGUAUGAAGAGUUGAUUGGUAGCUUUGUUGGGCCACCGAGGAGGAUCUCUUUGGUGUGAUGUGGUGAGCUGGCGGCAGCCGCAUUGUUGGGUACUGAACCAGGCUGAGCUUCCUGCCUUACACAACGUUCAGCUACCUUACCUACCCUAACCUGAUUUUGAUGUUUAUUUGCAAAUUCUGCAUUUCUGUCCUCAGCUUUCCCUAACUAUGUAUGAUGGUAUUUGCGUAGAGCAAGUACACACCAGAGUCAAAGAGAGUAUCCUGCGUGC